UGUACCUACUGUAGCAGCGAGAAAGCUUGCGUGACAUUUUCCUUGGUGAACGACACUUUGAAUAACAAAUGCGAAGACCAGGACUGGUACUUCAAGCAAUGUAGUGGUGAGUUUUUUUGUUUUUCUGUUAUUUUCAAGUUGCCUCGAUAGCAAGAGCAGAAAAGACAGCUAUAUGGUUUGUAUCUUUGUACUAAAGAGAAAAGGCGAAAGGCGAUCGAUCAUUCGUCUAAUCUCCGCAAAUAGACUCGCUACAUCUAGACACGCUCGGAACAUUUCUGAUCUGCUCCAUGGCCAAGCACUUUUUGUCUCAGAACUGAGUUAAGACAGACUACUCGGGAAGUAGCUUUGUAUGCAGCGCGCUACAAGUGCAAUUGGACCGCCUCAAUUACUCCUUUAACUCCUCAAGAAAGACAGCGCCCGCGAUUGUGCCACAUCAGGCAGUUACUCACUUGGUUUCGGAGAUGAUAAAUAUUUCUGUAAAAAGUAAUUGAUUAUCUUGCGCAAUAACAAUUCCGUGAUCUAAACUGCAUUUUUGUUUUUCCCUUUGCUCCUUCGUUCCCAAGAUGUUAGGCAAUACUGGCACUGUACUUAGACCACACAAUUCCAGUGUCCACAACGAGUGCCUUGAGUUUGUGCAGAACCUGAUUUCCUACCCCUUUUAACGCUCAAUGUAGAAUUCCAUAUAUGCCAGGCACGAGGCGGAAGUGGGGAACUGGGGCGAGUGAGUCCAAUAUGAAGCGCGUACGGGAUGCUCUUUGGAAAAUUAGAGUUAAAACCCCAUAACAAUUCAUCCUGGCCAUGGUUCAGGCUUUAUAAGACCCCUAAAAUACUACACUACAGUAUUCAGGGUUCAAAGCCAGAAUAGCUGGUAUAUGGCCGCCAUUUAUUAAAAUCGGCAUCGGUUUGUUUUUGUCCAAAAAUGCCCCGCACUUACGUCCACUGCCUUCCCCCCUCUCCCUCCUGUCUUCUCCUAAACGUCCAGUUGACGUUAAGCGGGGAAAAGUGAAUAUAUCGAAGGUCCCUAACUACAUGCAACUCGAAACUUGUACGUCUCAGAAGGCUUUCGAAGCUUGGUACGGAAGUAGGGUUAACUACAAAAAGUACAAAAUUUUGCGCUGUUUUGCCUAGAAACAUUACAUGUACCCAUAAAAAGGAGAUGAUAAAACGGAAGAAUAUAAAUCUCGGUGUACUUUGUACUUGUGGCAAAAAGACGCCAAUUACUGAAGAAGCCCAAAAAUAUAAUAUAGUUGUUUAAAACUAUUGACAAAACGUUAAAUAAGCUGUAGGCUUGAUCUGUCUACCCCAAACUAACUCGUUACGAUUUAUUCGGCUGAUCUUUCUUAAACCUCAAACAACGCCAAGGUAUAAAUCGACCUAGACCAGGCCAAAUGCCAUUUGAAAAUCACACCGAAUAUAUGUUUGCGUGAAAUAAGAUAGAAACUGAAGAUUCCUCAUGAUUACGUACGUCAAUACCUGUAACUCUUCCAUAUUACCUUGUAAUUGAGCGCAGAAUCCAUUUACUUCUUCGUCGAAUUAGCAAAGCCGGCGAAAUUUCGAUGUCCAAGCAAACCGAUUUCUCGGUAAAAUGUACAGUAGUACACCUUUGCGGAAGGUUUCUAGGAAUUAAAUAUCAUGCGAGGUCACGUGGUCAUCAGGCGUUUGAAAACGGUCGGAUGGACGCCAAACAGACGCUUGGGGUAAGAGGUUGCUAUGGGCGUCACCCAAGAACGUCUGGUGUCGUUGCAAAACCAUUUAACUGUCGCUAUCCUACAGUUUUGAAGCCUCAAUCUCGCUGACGCUGUUGCAAUGUUCUCUUCAAGCAAUUUUUCAGUGCUUGUUUUUAUAACAGCUCUGUAUUUUGCUCAGUUUUGGUACACUGAGGGUCUUGCGGCAGGUGAGUCAGUUCUGAGCUUUACUUAUUAAAUAGUUUAUUAUCAUGAUCAUUGCUAUUUUAUUCUUUUUUAAUUAUGGAGUUGCUCACUGAGAAUAUGGGCUUUUACUCUUACGACUUACAGGUAUAUAUUUGAUAACUAUUUUAUUUUGUAAAGUGUUAACUAAUGAUUUGAUCGUUUAAAGCAAGUUAAAACUCACUUAGCCAAGCCGGACCAGGGGGGAGGGGUGGGGGAGUGUUAUGGACGCAGAGCUUUGAAUGUAUGUUUCUUGCUAAAAUGAAAGAGGGUAUUCUAGGGCCUUUUGUAAUGCGAGACAUCAAACAGUGAGGACAUGGUAUUCUUUACUGCGAAACGUCAAAAGUUAGACACAUGGAAAUAGUUUAUAUCAGUGCCGUUGCUUAUUAAUAAUUUUGUAAUGCAAAACCGUUAUCCGUUUUAGUCUUCAAUUACAUAACUAUAACUACCUGGGCUUACUCCAGAGACUUGCAAGUAAUACAAAUGAUUGUUUUAAAACCUACAAAAACUGAGAAUUUGGGUAAAUUCAAGUCAUAUUGUACUCUGUUCAACCUCUACAAAGCAAAUACUGUAAUUGUCGUCAAAGAUAACAGACUCGAGAUGCACUAGUUGAACUGACGCCGUUUGCUCUUCAAUGAAACUUAUCCGUCCGUGUCAAGGACAACAUAGCAAAAUAGAAUUUGAAUCUAAAUAUGACAACCACCGAAAUUUAUCUGGAGAAACAAAAAAGCAGUAAAAGAUUUGGGAAAAUAUAAAAAGCUUAAUGGAUAACAGGAUCUUUAUAAACGUAAAUCCAAGGAUAAAAUUAAGUCAUGGUAAGUGAUUUCUACGGGCUAUUAGUUUUAAAUUAUGAAAAUCUAGUUAGCGUGGAUGAUCAAAACAAAACUUUAUUGAAUGUUUUUUAAAGGUAGUCCAUAGGAUAUUUCUAAUUUAACACUUUGGUUCCUCAGUUUGAAUUCGAGCUCGAGAAGUUUCCGUUCUGGCAUUUUAUACUUCUGAGAUAACUAGAUAAUGCACAAAUGUAUGCUUUGAUUUAAAGCAUUGUGUUAUACCACCUAGAGGCAUCCGAUGCUGCAUGAAGUCUCAAUUCUUUUUAUUGUUCCCUACUUUUUUAGAUGACAAGUGCAAUUUAAAAAGCAACGAAUCGUGUGACGAUUGCGUUCGAGAUGGGGUAAGAUUAAUGAAUACCUCUGCACAAGAUACUGUCAGAGAGUUAAAAAUAGUUUUACAGAGGUGGGUUCACACCAGACUUUUUAAGUGCACUUGAGACUAACUUGUGUGUGAACGGGUCCUGUUUUCAUUUUAAGAUUAUUCGUACCUAGUUGCCACGGCAAUAGCAAAACCCUAAACGGCCGAAGUACACUCUGAAAGGUCGAAAGCUUCCUUGUCAAUGCAAUCAUCCCAUCAAACCCUCUGAAGCCGUAUUAUCAAAGGGUCAAUCAUCUUGAAUCACAACUUGCAAUCUACAAUAGUUACCGAGCAAUCGAGAAACGUGGAUUCUUGUUCGACGAUAUUGUUGGCUUUGUUCAUUCGGCUCGUAGACAUGGCGUCUUACAAAAAAGAACUUGUAAAUGGGGAAUUUAUCAAUCGGUUUUUGGAUAGUUUCUCUAGUUACUGGAAAUUGAGCGAAUUGCCACGAGUUUCUAUUAAGCGAGCGGAACGAGCUUCUUAUAGGCCGUAAGCAAAUGAACGAUGGAGUAAAAGCAAGAGAGGAUAUGAGUAAAGAUAAACUUCAAACUUCGAGUUUACACUUUUCGUUUCGACUCUGUUCAAAACGACUGUGGUCGGUAAGGAAAAUCGGGCAUAGCAGAUAUAUUGUAUACAUGUAGAUUUCCCGGCGUAAUUGUACUCCGAGGGCAAGAUAAGUUCGCCUCAAACAGCUCAUUUAACUGUUGGUGUGAAAGCCAUGUUUUCAUAAAAAAAAUUUAAGUGCACUUCAUAACAAUACGAGACUAGCAUCUUACUCGGAAACCUAACGGUUUAUUUAGAUGCUGGGCAUUUCCUUACCUGUAAUGUAUUUUUAGUUUUCAUUUUAUCACACUUCAUGUAAUCGACCGGCCGUUAGACUAAAACUACCCCUCUGUGACUAUAAUUAUUCUGAAGAGAAAUGUAAAUAAAGCUUGUUCCUGUUCUUGAUCAAAUGCUUUUUAAGCACAAUUCAGCUCAGGCGCACUUCAAGUGUACUUAAACGUUUAAUGUGAAUACACCUGUUGAAAUUGCUUUGAACCGAGAAUUAUAUUUGGGAACAAACGGACUUGGAAGUGACAAACCUUACAGCUAAUAGCCUUCUGUUUACAGCAAAUAUUAGGAAAAUUCUCUGUGCGAUGUGAAUGAAAGAAUGAAUGAACCAGGCAGGAAGCCACGAGGUUUGGCCAUUUAGGUUUUUUUGAAGAGCAUGUACAUGGGGAGUAGCUCCUCACUCCCCGAAAUGAUCAUAAUCUGUAAAUUAUCAGUAAGAGGCUAAACUCUCACUCGAACGUAGGGAGUGGGGAGCUUUAAAACUUGGUCUGUUCUGAUUUCUUUUUUUCUUUGUCUGUUUGUAUUUUUUUUCGCAGGUACCCUUUUGGCGAAAAUCGGUUGCUAUAGUAACGAGAUAUGACGCCAUGUGACUUUUUCGCCCUUUUUUGAAAAACGUAUAAGAUAGAACAGAAACCGGCAAAAUGAACAGUUUGAGCAUAGUUUAGUCCUCAAGGUGAAGCUUGAAAAAGCAUCACUUUCUACAGUAUUUGCUGCCACCAUGGCGGUCAUUUUGAAUGAAGUCCCAGCUCUCUGUCACUGUCAUAUCCUAAAAUACCGUAAAAUUUCGAAAAUAAGCCCCUCCAAAUAUAAGCCCCCCAAACCGGUAACGCAAAAAACCCUCCGUUAAAUCGCCCCUCCAAAUAUAAGCCCCCCCCGGGGGCUUGUACUUGGAAAAUGGUCCUCAAAUACAAAGUAAAACAAAGCAAAAACGAUAAAUUUACUUCCAACUAUAAGGCUUCAUUGAUAAGCCCCUCCAAAAAUAAGCCCCUCAAAAAGGGCCUUUGAAAAAUAUAAGCCCCGGAGCUUAUUUUCGGAAUUUUACGGUAUUUAUAUAGCCAUGCUGAGCUAAGCUCAUCACAGGUUAUGUAUCAGACAUUACAAUCUGGUAAAUAUUAAAACUUAACAAAACUUUACUCUCAUAAUUUUUUUAAAUUGUAUCUUCUGCAAAGUGUACCUACUGUAGCAGCGAGAAAGCUUGCGUGACAUUUUCCUUGGUGAACGACACUUUGAAUAACAAAUGCGAAGACCAGGACUGGUACUUCAAGCAAUGUAGUGGUAAGUUUUUUUGUUUUGCUGUUAUUUUCAAGUUGCCUCGAUAGCAAGGGGUGAAAAGACAGCUAUAUGGUUUGUAUCUUUGUACUAAAGAGAAAAGGCGAAAGGCGAUCGAUCAUUCGUCUUAUCUCCGCAAAUAGACUCGCUACAUCUAAACACGCUCGGAACAUUUCUGACCUGCUCCAUGGCCAGGCACUUUUUGUCUCAGAAUCGAGUUAAGACAGACUACUCGGGAAGUAGCUUUGUAUGCAGCGCGCUACAAGUGCAAUUGGACCGCCUCAAUUACUCCUUUAACUCCUCAAGAAAGACAGCGCCCGCGAUUGUGCCACAUCAAGCAGUUACUCACUUGGUUUCCGUGGAGAUGAUAAAUAUUUCUGUAAAAAGUAAUUGAUUAUCUUGCGCAGUAAUAUUUCCGUACUAUCCAAACUGCAUUUUUGUUUAUCCCUUUUCUCCUUCGUUCCUAUGAUGUUAGGUAAUACUGGCACUGUACUUAGACCACACAAUUCCAAUCUCCACAACAAGUGCCUUGAGUUUGUGCAAUACCUGAUUUCCUAUCCCUUUCAACUCUCAAUGUAGAAUUCCAUAAAUGCCAGGCACGUGGCGGAAGUGGGGGAGCUGGGGCGAGUGACUCCUGUAUGAAGCGUGUACGUGGGCUCUUUGGAAAAUUAGAGUUAAAACCCUAUAACAAUUAUGGUUCAGGCUUUAUAAGACCCCUAAAAGAGACUAUAUAUUACAGCAGGCUUCUAUUUCCCAAAACCAGUUAAGAGCUCUGUUUAUUAAUUGAAGGAAAGAUUUUGAAAUUGAAUGAUGUCUGCAACACAGCAUGACAACAUUUAGUGUUCUUUGUAUCUAGCUGAUUCAAUAAAGGUUGGUUUGGGUGUUGGGAAUAGCGCAAUGGAAAGCUAUCGUUUGGUGGUCACUCAAGCAAACCAUUGCAGUGAGAUCCUAAUGCCCAAAGCAACCUUUGUUAAAUCGGCUAAAUCUCUUAGCACACCACCCUUUGGGUACAAAUAUACAAAUAUUAGCUUUUCGUCCUGAAAAGUAUAUCUCCAAUUUACACCAUAAAGCAAGACGGCGAGCAUUCGCGUCUCUUUCGUGUAGGAGUUUUCUCCCUCUGGGCGGUGGACUUCGAGGCAAAUUCUCUACUCCAAAGGCUCUAGUUACCUACUUAACUCAAUCGACUUCUAACAGUUGUUAAGCUGAAUGUGUUUCUUGCACUUUUGGCUGAUCAAUAAUUUAUACAGCUUUGCUACACAAUACAAAACAGCAAAACAGUUGUACUUUUGCGUUGCUCAUUCCAAUGACCAAAGGUCUUUAGCGACGGGGUGUGAAAGUAAAAUAAUAAUAAUAAUAAUAAUAAUAAUAAUAACAACAACAACAACAACAACAAAACUGGAAUAAAAAAGAAUAAAACAACUGUUUUUCACUCGACACUGCUAGCCUAAACUUUGGAGCACUUUUAAGGAAAAAACGAAAGAGGUUUAAGUUCUUAAAUCCUCCAAAACGAUUAAAAUUGUUCUUUAUUUUUCAGUCAAUGGCAAGUUCCUCCUGAUUGCUCUUCCCAUAACUACCUUUGUAGCGCUUACUAUGCUCGCAUGCUGUUGUUACUGUUGCUGUUGCAAGGGCAGUGGAUGCGGAGAGUGCCUUCGACACAAUUGUUGCUGUUGUUGCUGUGAUGAGAACCCUUCCAGCUUCUCAGGUACCGUAACGUACUCAAUUCCUUCUUGCAAGUCUUUGAAAAAACCCGAAUGACAACAAGCAAAGCCAAACAUUUACUCAAUCAAUAGACUGAGAGAAGUUAAUUAUCCCCUGAAAUGUGUUUAUUAUUAGGAAAGCGGGUAUUGUGUGAUAGUACUGAGAUGUUUCAAGCCACACCGUUCACCUAGUAUGUCAUGUUACCAGACUCGUUUUGUAUUGAAACAGGGAGAAAUAGUAUACCAAAGACUUUUUACAUGUUCGUUAUGUCCAGUAAAUGAAGAUGCUUUCUAUAACUAGUUUCGCACCAAUUUUUUUCUGUCAUGGAUUUAUUUCUUAAACAAUAACCCCUUUAAAGAUGUAGAUGUCAUUUCAAACAUUUUUCUCCUGUGUAACAAUUUUGAUCAAUUUAUUUGAAGGUCAUUUGCUGCAUUUACUUUCGACCUUCUGACGGUCAUAGAAACAAAAAAAGUGAUUUCACGAAUGUAUCUGUUAUUUCAAUUUUUAUUUAAUUUAGUUUUAUGUUAUUUUCUAACUACAGAUUAGUUAAUACCAUGCAUAUAAGUGAAAAAUACCUGGAGUGCAUAAAUUGCGGUUUUUGUUGGAUUCUUGUGAUGACUUUCGUAGAGGUUGUUUAAGCGCUACUCGCUGGACCACACAAUUCAAAAGUCUUAUUAACAAAGGACUGUAUUCACCAGAAAAGUCUUUUACAGCCAAAGUCCUGAUCGACGGCACUAUGUUCUAUACUUACUUAAUGACAUGCCUUCCAAGAUUCAAGCCGUUGUUAUUUGUCUCUGUUCUUCACACUAUACCGGUUAGUAUGAACAGCAAAGGCCCGGGGCGACACAAGUCGUUCACACACUACGAAUAUCGUGCCGGCAAGAUUGGCUGAGAAAGGUUUGGGGCACUAAAUUCCAGUCCUCACCCCAGAAUAUUUACUUCCCUCUCAGAUGGUUCCAGUCCUCGCUCCUACUUAUUUACUUCCGCGACGGGCCAAAUAGGUGUACAUACUACAACCCCGGACAAAACCUGUUGAGACAAAUCGCGAAAAUGCCUAUUUUUUCCUGUCAUCCUGGCAAACACUGAAACCUCCGCCAAAUGAAUGCCCGGUUUCCCCCCUCCCCUGAUCCAAAGUUGUUUAGGAUAGCAUGGCAAUUAUACACGUUGGUUUUUAGACCAAGGCAACUUUGAAGAGGGGGUGGGGAGGGGGUUUACUUUUUGCGUUUAGGGGAGACAGGAGUAGGGCGCAAAAGUUAGAAAAUAGAUGGAAUUGUCUCAACAGUUUUGUCCGGGGUUGUCUGUGAAGGCCAGUUGUUCAAAUCGCUGUAACUUCGCAAUAUAAGGUCGGAGGGUAUUGAUUUUCUGCACAGAUGUUGUACUUGUCUAAAGCUUUGUGACUAGUAAAGAAGGUGUCAUAAAAACAAUUAGGACGCAUUAAUUAGGCACUUAGAAAUUUAGCCAUAAAUUAGAAACCUUAUACCUAAAUGAGAAAGAAAUCAUGCUCUUUACAGAAAAAGUAUUGAAAUUAAUUGUGGUUGGUGGCCACGAUUAAGGAGUUACUGUGUGUCACAAGUAUGAUAUCUUAAUAGGAGCCUUACCUCCGGCCUUUUUACCAACGUUAAUUGUGCUUACAUGUCGAAUAAAUUAGAUAAGACUGGGUAUUUAUUAUAUUUGCGCAGGACAACGGUCCUGUUCAAAAAUAAUAGUGCGUGGUGUGCGGGUCAUGCACGAGGACUCAAGAAUGCGGCGGAGCAGUUAAAAAUACCCCUUAGAGGCCGAGUGAUACUUAGUUGCACUGACGACUUUCUCCAUGUAGUUAGAGUAGAACUGGAAAAGUAAGCUUCACCGAGUUAACAAUACCCGCGUUUACUGAGUGUGUAAUUAGAACAAUUUACAACAUAUAUACCAGAUUAUCUACUUGACAAAAUAAUGGAAUCCAUGCCGAUAAAACCGUUAAUUUUUCUAUGACAACCAAGGCCAAAAGAACAAAUAUUAACGAAGAACUUCCAAAAUGGGUAGAAAUAGGAUGUGUAGGGAAAGCAAUGCCUCUUUGAUCACAAAUACAGCGAAAACAUGUUGUCACGCGAUGGCAGUUCUUUUGUGGCAAAAAAAACAGCGCAUUUCAUGACAAUUACACCAGUGUCAAAAAGUUUUCCGUUAAGUAAAAAGGUCUUUUUUAUGCUUGAAAAUCAACAAAACGCUUCUUUAUACUACGGAAAAUGCUUGAAAGCACCGUAAACGCUUGAAAUAAACGAUUAACAGGCACGCACAUGUUUAUUCCAACGGUUAACAACGGUUAACAGCGGUUAACAGCGGUUAACAGAAUAUAUUAAAGGAAACUGAUAGUCUAACUGUUGUUUUUCUUCAGAAAAGUUGUUAACCGUUGUUAACCGUCGUUAACCGAUGUUUCUUUCCUCUGCCGUACUUUAUUCGUUAAGUUAACCGUCUGCGAGAAAAACUACUCCGUUUUUUGUUGCAUAACAAGCUCAUCAAAGCACCUUACACAUCGAGGGAUUUCCCGUUAUUGUUCCCGCGGGAUCUGCGUGGAGAAAUGAGAGAUCCAUCAUACCACAUUCCCGUUCGUACACAAUUCCACAUUUGCUGUAACUGAGGCAAUGUUUUUCCUAUUAAGUGUAGGAUCUUUGCACUGCACUUGGCGAACGACGUAAUCACUGCUAAGGCAAAUUACUCGCGGGAUGGAAAAAUGAGCCAAAUUCGCGUGACUGUAAGUGACCAGAUAAGCGCCCUAACCUUCCUCUCACCCAGUGAUUCAUGCGAUAUUUCCGAGCCUCCUGAAAAUGAUUCGUCACUAUCGGAAGUUCUCGAGAGAUCCAUUUUGUCUGGCGAUUACAUAUCAAUGUCAUCAUUUGAGCAGGCAAAGCGUCUACGGACACGUAAGCCGUUAAAAGUCAUGCCCAUGGUAACGUCACAGAGUAAAUGUCAUUUGACAGAUCAUGUAAUCAGAGUGUUAUAACUUCAAUUUUUACUGUAAAAAUUUUAUUUCGCAUUCAAAAGAAAAAAAAAGAAUGCUGAAACAAUGGCUUUUAUCAAUUUGACCAAAAAAGAGGACUAUAACUUGAGGUAAUUGGUAUGAAAGUUAAAGAAUACCGUAAACAGUCCGCAGACAACCCCGGACAAAACCUGUUGAGACAAAUCGCGAAAAUGCCUAUUUUUUCCUGUCAUCCUGGCAAACACUGAAACCUCCGCCAAAUGAAUGCCCGAUUUCCCCCCUCCCCUGAUCCAAAGUUGUUUAGGAUAGCAUGGCAAUUAUACACGUUGGUUUUUAGACCAAGGCAACUUUGAAGAGGGGGUGGGGAGGGGGUUUACUUUUUGCGUUUAGGGGAGACAGGAGUAGGGCGCAAAAGUUAGAAAAUAGAUGGAAUUGUCUCAACAGUUUUGUCCGGGGUUGUAGAUCAAAGUAUGGAAAAAAACCUAUCCGAUAUGUGACACUUUACUUUAGAGAUCGGCUCGGCGCAGCUUCGCUAUGUCACAGAAAUUGCGCAACCACAAGUGUUCUUGUGUGUGAACAGAAGCCCUAUACGGUAUGAUUUUCGUGGCGGCGCAAAAGCUAUGCGGUAUAGUGUCGAUAUUUAACAAUUAUUCCUCGAGCCCGAAUGGGCUACUGACUCAGUGCCAGUGAGGACGAGAGGAAUAAUUGCUUUAGUAAAAUCCAAGUAGUUGGUCAAAAAUAUCGAGACAAAACAACUUUGGCUAGCAAAACGCGAUUCAACCGCCAUUGUUUUGGUUUUCAAAGCCGGCGCUUUUCGCUAUCAGUGGGCUAUAACAUAUAGCCUAUUAGUAGCUCAACCAAUAGUUGGAUUUUACUAAUAUUACAAAGUACCCUAGUACGUAAAGAGGACGUCGCAAUUUAGAAUAAAAGGCCCUAAAAGGGACUUGAAAGUAAAAAAUUUGCUGAUACUCAUGCUUAAAGUGAAUUUAAGUAAAAAAUCUUUAAAAAAAACAGUUAUGUGUUUUCUUAUAGGUGAAUAUCAUGGGUUGCUAGGAGGAGUUAAGAAUCCCAUCACACAAAGUGCUGCCUCUCGGAUUCAAAGUGCUACCGCAAGACUAUAUGGUGGUGUGACAAAAGGAAGCUUCAGUUCCCGGGCUCAGUCGACUGCAGAUCGGCGUGCGUAUUGGGGCAUUUACUAA